AUGUCGAUAGAUCAUGUCAUCCUUGGCUGCUCUGCAAAUAAGCUAGAGGCAGAGAUCGCCUUUCUUAAUGCAGCCCUUUCACCGCUUGGAAUCAAAGAGCAAUUCCGUGUUGUUCCACAAGUUGUAGCCUUUGGUAACGAUGAAGAUAAACGAUUUUUCUGGGUGAGUGGAUUGGACCGAAAUCAGCAGCCAAUUGAAGGCGACAAGCCGACACAUAUUGCGUUCAAAGCGCAUGACAAAGAUCAAAUCGAUGCCUUUCACAAGGCGGCGAUGGAGACUGGUGGCAAGGACAAUGGAGCUCCCGGCCCUAGAAAGCACUACCAUGCCGGAUACUAUGGUGCAUUUGCCAUCAGUCCUGCUGGAAAUAACAUUGAGGCUGUGAUCCAUAAUUUUGUCCAGUAG